AUGGCUGCCGAAGAGCUCUCGGAGGCCGGAAUGGCUGAUAUCAUUCGAGCCCUGGAGGUCAUACACAGCCCAACCUCCACCAAUGCGCUCCGCAAAGAGGCUUUGUCCUUUGUCGAGGCGCUGAAAGAUAACGAGGCGGCAGCUCGCAACGGAUUUCUGCUAGCUUCGCGAGCAGAUCAUGCUGCUGUUGUGCGGUAUUUCGGUCUGACCCUGCUGGACCACGUUUUGCGCCAUUUGUCUUUCACCAGCCCCGAGGAAUCCACGAACCUUCGAUCGAUGAUCCUUCAGCUCGCCGAGAAUAUUCGACCCGAGGACCCGAGUUUUUUCCGCAACAAGAUCCCGCAGCUCUGGUCGGAAGCCGCUAAGAAGAGCUGGGGCUUGGAUUGGGCGGAUAUGGAUGAGGCGCUUGUCAAAUUCUGGGGUGUGUCUCUAGUACAUAACGAGCUAGUACUCUCCGUAUUGGAAACUUUGUCGGAAGACGUCUUCUUUCGUGAGGAUACCGUCUCUUCUUUGCGUGGCUCCGAGCUCAAUCGUGCGCUCGUCGAGAUCUUCACACCUGCCGCGAUUUUUGAGCAAAUCAAUCCCGACAAAUCCACCACUGCCGUUCUGCGAUGUGGACAGGAGGGUUGGCUAGUUCGAAUUUGCGAGUUUUUGGACAAUUGCGUACAGAACGUCUCGACCUCGCGUGAAGCACGCGAUGCGGCCGUCAAGGCUCUAACAACGCUGAGAUCUGCACUUUCUUGGUCAAUCUUCAAAGCCGUUAUCGCCGGACAGGUCGUUGCGAGUGUCUUUAGGGCUUUGACCUGCCAAGACGAACAAGUGUUGCUGGCUGCGGUUGAGGCAUUGCAUUCACUUUAUGGGCGGAACAAUAUGGGAAAUGACGAGUCUCACGGUCUAGUCUGCCUGAUCUUUGAGAGCGACUAUCUCAAUACCCUUCGAAAUCUAUAUCAGUGGUCCAUUGUUGGCCCAGAGGAUGCGGAUGAGCCGAAGUACUUGAUCUCUAAAAAACUUUCGGAGAUGAUCUCCUAUGUUGCUGGCUGCUUGGAGGACGAGAGGUUCCUUCGAGACACCAUGCACCGUCUAGAUCUCCCGCCCUUCUUCAACUUCAUGUUGAACAUCAUGCAACACCAGAGCUUGACUGUAUCUAUCCCGUGUCUUCAUUUGUGGUCAAGACUUUUGGGUGUUCAAAAGAUUGGCACUUCAGAAUUUGUGGUCAACCAGACCCCGACUUUCCUCACCGUCUGUACGCAGCGUUUGAUACGGUGGGAGUCCCUUCCGACAGAGUCGGAGGAUCCGACGAUCCAGUUCCUCGCGGAGGAUAUUGACACGAUCCCGGAGCGUCAUGCAUUCCUUGGCAAUUAUCGUCGCUAUUGUUCGUCGAUCAUUGAGACCAUUACCCAGAAGCGUGCUCAGGAGGCGGUACGCGAGAUCCUUGGACGAGUUGAUGAGAACUUGGACAACCUAUACAGUGGUGCUGAGCCAUUUCAAAGUACGUCUUGA